AUGGAGGUGCCAGAACUCAACUGCCCUGCCUCACCUGCCAGGGAUCAGCCAGCUCUUGCCCCUGGGACCCCAGGGGCCCCAGGUCGGCAGACCUCACCACAUCUGACUCUGGGCCCCAUCAUUUUGCCGCCAGAGCAGAGCCUGGCGCCCACUGUGUUCCUGAAGGCGCUGCCCAUCCCACUGUACCACACAGUGCCUCCUGGGGGUCUCCAGCCACGUGCCCCCCUGGUGACGGGCAGCAUGGACGGGGGCAGCGUACCCUUCAUCCUCAGCCCCCUGCUGCAGCCUGAAGGCCCUGGCGCUGCCCUGGUCGGGAAGCCAGUGACCCCAACGGUCACUGUGAACAUCGUGGGCACUCUGCCUGUCCUGUCCCCGGGGCCCACGCUGGGCAGUCCGGGGAAGGCGCGUAAAGCUGGCAAGUACCUGUGCCCCCACUGCGGCCGGGACUGCCUGAAACCCAGUGUGCUGGAGAAGCACAUUCGGUCCCACACAGGCGAGAGGCCUUUCCCGUGCGCCACCUGCGGCAUCGCCUUUAAGACCCAGAGCAACCUGUACAAGCACAGGCGCACCCAGACGCACCUCAACAACUCCCGGCUGUCUGUGGGCUCCGACGGUGCGGGGGGCAGCCUCCUGGAGGAGGGGGACAAGGCUGCGGAGACCUCCGGAGCAGCCGGCAGGGGGGACAGCUGGAGCCUCGGUGGGGGCGAUGGGGCUCGACCAGAGAGACCCCUUUCUCCAGGUGUCCAGGGUUCUGGGCACUGCCCGGUGCCUCCCACGCAUCUGCCCCCGACUGCCAAGAGCCUAGAUCUGAAGUCGGAAGCUCUUUUCUGUCCAGGGUCCACGCUGGCCGACAGGGAGGUCCCUCUGGACGCUCACCCCGCGGCUCCCGCUGGGCGCCCCCUGGCCAGCUCUCCGCGCGGGCGGAAGCCGCCAGAGCAGAAGUCUCCCCCCGCGGGCAGGGCGUCCCUGCAGCCACAGGCUCGGGCGGCGGGGAAGCCCCAGGACCCCCGGGCCACAGAGAGCCGGCUGAGGAAGUGUGAGAGCACCGACUCGGGCUACCUGUCCCGCUCGGACAGCUCGGAGCAGCCGCCGGCCCCAGGCAGCCCCCCGCACAGCCUGUCGGAUCCCAGUGUGGAGUCCGAGAGGGAGGGCGCCCCACGGCCUGGGGGGGCCAGGGCUGAGCCCGGAGGGCAGGAGCCCAGCCUGGAGCUGGAGAAGCGGCGGCUGGAGGAACGCAUCGCCCGGCUCAUCUCCCACAACCAGGCCGUGGUGGACGACCCCCAGCUGGACCAUGUGCGGCCCCGCAAGACCGUCCUGUCCAAGCAGGGCAGCAUCGACCUGCCCGUGCCCUACACCUACAAGGACUCCUUCCAUUUCGAGAUCCGAGCCCUGGAGCCGGGACGCAGGAGGCACGGGGCCCUCUGCCCCGCCCGCUCCACCUGCGUGGCCUCGGACCCGGCGCGGCCCCUCCUCUUCCACUCGGUCCCCACUCAGCUCUCCGCCGCCGGGGAAUGCGUCCCCGUCACCAGGAGCAACUCGCUGCCCUUCGUCGAGGGCACCAGGACGUGGCCGGAGCCGCUGGACCCCCAGGACCCCCGUCGCGGGAGGCGGGGGCCUCUGAGCCCCAGGUCUGUCCCUGCCCGACUUGGGGAGGCCCCCAGCAGUCACCCCCGGGCCCUGGUCAGACAGGCCGCGGUGGAGGACCUGCCGUGUCCUGCCCCUGCAGACAGCGAGGCCCCCGCAGAGGACCCGGACAGAAAGCGAGCUGCGGCCGCGGAGGGGCCGGCGGGCAAGGGCAAGGCGGCCGCGAGGAGGCCCGGCCAGAGGAAGCCCAGGCCGUUCUCCCAGGACAAGUGGCAGGUGUACGGCUGCGAGACGUUCCAGAGGCUCUACCAGAGGAGCGCCGGCCGCCAGCGGGGCCGGAGGGCCCGGGAGGCGGGCGCGGGCGGGGGCGCAGAGCCGGACCUGCCUGUGCUGGAGGAGGCGGCGGGGGGCGAGGGCGCAGCCCCGCCUCAGGACGGGAGGACCUCCGCUUGUGAGGACACUUCUGUGGGGGCCAGGCCAGAGCCUUGGGAAAGUCCACCAGCCACAAAAGGCUUCUUGGUGACCAAGCCCGCUGAGCGGAGGGAGCCAGUGGCCAGAGCCAGAGGCGGUGAAGAGCUGGGGGCGGGCAGGGCCCCGUCACCUCCCGCCCUCAGCAGCAGGGAACCCCGGUGUCCAGGCAGCAAGAGCCUUGGGCUUCCUCCAAAUGGGAGGCCGGAGCAGGGGUGUCAGCUGCCCCCAGACCCUGGUCCCCUCAAAGGUGGGGACCUGGAGGCUCCCAGGCUGGUUUUGCCAGACCCCAAGCUGGAAGGAGGCCCCGGGAGUGGCGGGGACACCCAGGGGGCCUGGCAGCAGGCCCUUGCGGUCCCAAGAUGGCCCAGCGGGAGCUCCGGGGAGCCCCAGCCUGCUGGGGACAAGCUGCCCUCAGAGAGGAAGAAGCUGCGGGUGGAGCAGCUGAGCUGCCCAGAGCAGCUGGGGUCUCUGGGAGUGAGAGACCAGGCCUCCGGGGGCCCAGCGCAGGACAGCUCCCCACCCUCCUUGAACCAGGACAGUGACUCUGGGGACAGGCUGCACAGGAGUGCCGACGGCAGGGGGGCCUCUGGCCCAUCGUUCUCUGCGCCCUCGGGGGUCCUGCGACCGGUGGGGCCCAAGCACGAGGCACCUAUGCGUGGUCCUGCAGCUGGAGCCCCCGAGGGGGCCGCCCCCCUGCCUGCUCAGCCUCCAUACACCACCUUCCCCCCCAUGUACCUGCUCAGGUUACCGCAGGGAGAGACACCGCAGCCGCCGCCUGGCGCCCCGGGACCAGAGCGCAGUGGGGACCCUCUCUGCAGGAGCGGGCUGCCCCAGGACCAAGCCUCCUCUGCUGGGCUAGGGCUGGGGACCCACUCCGCCCCAGGCCUGGCCCCAAGUAGAGCCGACAGCUUCCGGGAGGACUCCAGCUGGCCCAGGCUGUGGGGCAGCAGAAAGGGGGUACCAGGAGAAGAGAAAGGAGAUUUGGACACCAGCACCCCCGCGGCCGGGGUGUCUCCGGGCUCUAGUGUUGGGGCCCCCAGGGAGACGGCCUCUGCCCUGCCCACCCCGCCUUGUGACUCUGGGAGGAGUGAGGCCCGAGACGCUGGACAGCUCUGCGUGGGCAGCACGCGGGCAAGGGCCAGGCCCUCUGUGGGUGUCAGGAGUCCCUGGACGCUCAGCAGGGAAGUGGCGGGGCCUCCAGGGCCCCUGGCGAGGCACAGUCCCUGCUGCCCCCUCGAGCCCAGCUCCGUCCUCUCGGCCCCCCCGCCCUCAGGCUGGCCUGAGCUGGCCCGGAGCAGGACCUCUGAGAGCUCUGGCCUCUGUGGGCCCCAGGGCCCCUUCCCCUCGUUGCGGGCCGAGCCCCGGCUCACCUGGUGCUGCUUGAGCGGCAGCCUGCCUCUGCCCACGGAGCAGAAGGAGAAGGCCGCGUCUGUGUACUGGGCGCUGCACCGCCCUGGGAGCAGUGCCCCGGCCCAGGGUGCAGAUGCCCGGCCGCUCUCCUGCCCAACAGCCCCGGGGAUGACAUCCGGAGACCCGGGGUCUGAGCCAGGAUGGACGAAGGGACCGCCUCGGAGGAGGGCGAAGAUGUGCCGGGGGAGCAGCAAGCAGAAAGCACCGAGAAGGAAAAACACCAUACGGCAUUCAAAAGGUAACAUGGUGUUCCCUGAGCUCUUGGCCUUGGCCAAUGAGCCGUCGGGGUCCCUGCUGAAGCUGCCAUGGGGCUGGUCACUGAGUGUGUGCUUCUCUAUCCACAGGUACAGAGGGAGUUUCUUGCAGGGUCGAGUUCGACUCAGAGCGAGUAGACUACGCAAGCCACUCCGGGUGCUGAGAAGACACUGCCACCCUCCUCCACUCGAGGGGCUGGACCCACGCAGGACCAUAGGGCAGGCUUCUUCUGGAAUGGCAGGGCUAAGCCUGCAAGGGGAGUCAUCUUGUGCCACCUCAGCAUCGCCUCUUGGUUGUGGGGACAGAGAGGAGAAGGACUGGAGACCGACCUCAGGAGGCAGCUCUCCCAGCACAAGUCCAAGGGCUGUGAGGGACAGAGACACCCGCACCGUGCAGAACGCCGCGGUGGGGUCAGCACUGGCCCUGCCACCCGACUCCCGAAUGCACGUGGGUGACCACAGACUUCCCUCCCGUGGCAAAGAUCUCGGCCUGGGGUUGCCUGAGACUCAGCUGCUGCCUUCCCAGGAGCAAAUCUCGGCAGGUCCCAAACUACACGCUUUCUUGGAUGCUCAAGAGCCUUUAUCCUUUGAGUCCAAAGGAAGCUCUCCCCGCCAUGAUGCUGCUACCUCUGUGGCUGCCAUUGGUACUUCUCUGGGGACAGGAGGAGGUCACACCACCCCGGGAACUCCCAGUGCAGAGCCACAAGGCCAUGGCCGAGCUGCAGGGGAGACUCGGACACAGAGCUCCCCGGACAGCAAAGCUGUCGCCCAGGGCACGUCUCCGUCACUCUUGCCAGGGAAGCCUUCACUUGUGCGAAGACUUUCAGGUUCGGUUCCAUCGAGGUCACCUGGGAAAACUCAUCCUGACACACCAACUUCAGGGCCAGGACCAACCAGUUCACGCCAAGAGGAAGGGAGACCCGAGACACGCCUUCCCCCCGAGGGGCAGGAGAAAGGAACUUACUCUCCGGGGUGUGCUUUAGAGAGCGGGGACAUGCUGGGCCCCCGGCCUCCUGUAGGAAAGGGCACUGAGGAAAUUCGGGAAUCUGGAUUAAUGGCUCUGAAGGAUGGUGUGGUUCCCUCGACGCCAGGGCAGCCUGUGGGUGUCCAGGAAGCCUCUUCGAAAACCAUCAAGAAGAGGAGUUUGGGAGGAAUGAGGAAGCAGACGCGAGUGGAGUUCAGCGACACCAGCAGCGACGAUGAAGACCGGCUGGUGAUAGAGAUCUGA